AUGCUUUCGAACGGCGAUAUUCGAAUUGUCCCGGACGAAAUCAUUUUCAGGGACCUCACUGUUGGAGAUAAGGAUAAAAUAGAUGUAUGGAUUCACUACAUCGGAAAGAAACCGAUUAAAGUACGGUUUUCAGUGCCAUAUGAUUCUCCAUUUGAAAUUAUUUCACCGAAAAUUGCAAUGUUAGCAUCAGGAUUAGAAGCAAAAGUCUGUAUCCAAUAUGUCGCCACAACUAACGAGAUAAAAAAGAGCGAAUUAAUAAUUUCUGCAUCUACUUCAUCGAUAUCUGUUCCAAUUACAGCUUAUCCGCCAUCAGCACAAGUUCACUUAAACGUACAAAACAUUGAUUGCGGAUUAAUACCAGAAGGUAACAAAGUAACGAAAACUUUCUCAAUUGCAAACUUUGGGAGUAAAGCAGGAGAAUUUGCAUUACGAUGCAGUAGUCCAAUAGUUACAUUCAAUAUUGCAUCAGGAAUACUGCCAGUUGGAGAAGCUGUCGAAGUUGAGUUUUCAUUUGUCAUAAAAAAAGCAGGAAAAUUCAAAUUUACUAUCAAUGUCGAUUUAAAGAACUCUAAUAACAAACUUCCACCACUAAAUGUCUCCGGAGAAAUCUUACAACAAGUAGCAAGUAUCCAAUAUAACGGAAAAGAUACAAAAGAAAUCGAUUUUGGUCAAAUAUACUUUACACAACGCAAAGUUAUUACUGUUACUAUACAAAACAAAUCAAAAGACAAAAGAAUUUAUUCAAUAUCUCAACCAAUCGAAAGCAAAGCAAAUUCUCGAUUAAGUACUACUAAAACAUCAAUUGGUACAAGCUCAGAAUGUGUUUUUACUAUAACUCCUAAUGAAGGACAGUUAAAUCCAAAUGGUUCUGCAAUUAUAACUUUGAUUUUUGAACCCCCAAGUCAAAAUGUCGAAAGAGAGAUGAUAUACAACUUUGUGUCUAAUAUCAAACUCUCGGGUGUUGACCAACAAAUUCCUUUAAACAUGACAGGUUCCGCUGUACCUCUUUCUGUUUCAAUUCCUGAUGUUGAUUUCAUUUUUGGAAAUCAAAAAAUUGAAACGAAAAAAGAAAAAAAUUUGACAAUUGAAAACGAGUCUGAAUUCCAAAAUGUGACCUACUCGAUAAAACCUAUGGCUGCAUUUAGAUUUACACCUGAAUCUGGUUUAAUAAAACCGAAAACUGUCAAAAGUAUUGUUGUCACUUUUUAUCCAAAAUCAAUAGGAGUUUAUGAUGCACAGACGAAUGUUAAUUUAUGUAAUGGUCUUAAAAGGAUAAAUUUGAACUUAAUAGGUACAGGAACUGCAGAAGAAAUCACAGAAAAAUUUGUCAGAACACCAAUUUACGAAAUGUCAGAAUCUGCAAGAUAUGCAGCGAAUCAUCCGGGAAAAUAUGGUUUGUCUAAAGAAGAAAUAAUCAUUAAGCAGAAACAGAACGAAGACAAUAGAAGAAUAUUGAUAGAAAGUGCUCAAAAACACGAAAAACUUCGAAUGAAGAAAACUCUGAAAGAAAGAUUUGAAAAAAUAGGAAAAGAAAAAGGAAAAACUGAUGAAGAACUUAGAACUUACGUAACUCAAAAGGUCAGAGAAGCAAUGACUAAUACAAAAGAAAUAGAAGAAGUCAAUCUGAACUUAAAACAUGCAGAAGGAUUAGUAGAACCAGAACCAAACUAUCCAUUAGAAACAAAAAUUCACAAAUCCAAAAAAACAAAAACAUUACAACCGCUUCCUCCAACUGUUUUCAUCGAGAAGAAGUUCAAAAGUAACCCGGUAACUCCACCAGAAAUCACUGAAUGCCAGAGAGUAUUAAGUCCUGUUCAACAAAUGUCUCUUGUUAUGUCUUCGAAACCAAUUGAUUUCGGAAGAGUUUCGAUUUUGUCGAAACAAAGGAGAUCUUUUAAUAUAACGAAUACUUUGAACCAAUUCAUUUUAGUAACAAUGGAAUAUGAGAGCCAAGAAUUAAGUUUAAGUACCCCUUUAUCUCAGGUUGUUCCCCCUAAACAAACUGCAGGUUUUGAUAUAAUUUUCAUGUCAGAAAAUGUUGGUGAAUUUAGACAAACAAUACAUUAUACUGUUAAUAAAUCACAUGGUUUCCAAUUUGAUGUUGUUGCUGAUGCAAUUCCUAUUGAAGUUAAUUUGUCAGAAGAUUUACUUGACUUCACUUUCCCUAAUGAAAACUAUACAGACUUGACUGUUUGCAAGACAAUAAAUAUAAUGAAUGAUUCAACAGCUAUUGUUGAUUAUAAAUGGCUAUCGUUUGACGAUACCACUUUUUCUGUUGAUUCAGAACGAGGAAAAAUUAAUCCUAAUUCUAAUGCAAAAACAAUGAUUAUUUAUAGACCAGGAUCUAAACCAUAUUCUGAGCAAACUGUCAAGUUAUCGUUUACAGGUGGUGGAGGAAAAUCUCUUCAAUUAAGAGGAAAUUGUGGAGAUGUAAAAGUGACAGUAGAAAAAAAGAAAUUUGACAUUGGAAUUUUGCCGCUUGGAAUGACAAAAGAAUUUACUGUUUCUCUUAAAAAUCAAGGUAAAAACACAGCAAUCUUCAAUGUAUUCUCUAAUGAUGGUUGUGAUGAUAUUGAUUUGAAGGAAAACAAAGGUUUUAUUAAACCUGACAAUAUUUUCGAUCUUCACUUCACUUUCAAUCCACAAAAAGCUCAAGUUUAUGAAAUAACCUAUACUGUAGAAAUAGCUGGCCAGAAUCCUGUUGUAUUUUCUGUUGUUGGAGAGUCUUUAAUGCCUUUGAUCCAAAUUAAAACUGAUAGUUUGGAUUUCGGAAAUGUUUUUGUUGGAUCAAAUGAAAGCAGAAAGAUUUCAAUAGAAAAUGUUGGAUUAAUUCCAGCAAAGUUCUCAAUUGACUUAACUAAAUAUAGUUAUUUCAGUUUAGAAUAUUCCACAGAUUUAAUGGUUUCAACUUCUGAUAAAUCAAACCAAAUUUUUGUUACAUGUCCAAACGAUGUUCUCGCUCCAAAUAAUUUGUCCAAACAAAGUAGCUCUAUUUCAUUAACAAGGACAAAUUCUACUUUAACAAGUCAAAGUAAUUUAACAAGAACCAAUUCUACUUUAACAAAUCAGAGUAAUUUGGCAAGAACGAAUUCAAGUUUAUCAAAACAAUCUGUUUUAAAUGGUUGCGAAUAUACUUUUAUAAUACAUCCAAAGACUACAAUUGAUGUAAAUUUAGUUUUCAAACCUUUGGAUGUUGGAGAUUUCAGUUUUGAUAUUUAUUUCACUUUGAUUGGAUUACAAGGAACAUCAACACUUGCGAAGAAGAAAGUUACAGCUGUUGCUAUGCAUUCACCUCUUUCUAUAUCAGAAAACUUUGUUGAUUUCGGUGUUGUCACACUUAAAAAUGAGAAGAAUCCAAAUACAAGACCUUGUUUCAAGCAUUUAUUACUUAAAAAUGAAAGCCAAACAGGAAUUAAAUAUAGAUUUGAUAAACCUUCAUCAGAAGAUUUCGGAGUUGAUCAAGAAACAGGUUUUUUAUCUUAUUGCGGAACAGAAGACAGAUUUGUAUCAUUUAGUCCAACAAAACCUGGUCCAUUCGUUGGUUAUAUAACAGUUUACGCGGAAAGUGAAAAAGGUGAGGUGAAAGUAACAACAAUAAUGUUGACAGGAGUUGGAACUGAUAGAUUAUUCAAGACAUCUCAAGAAAAUGUUGUACUUCCAAUAGUUCCUUUGAAUGUCAGAAGUGAAGUGACCAUUGAAGUCAUUAAUUCUGCCGCAAUUGAAGGAAAAAUUGAUAUCAAGAAGAGUGUAAGUGACAAAACUUUUCCUUUGGAAAUUUUGUUUACAAAUGGAAAUUAUUUCAGUCAUUCAACCACUUCACUUCCUCUGAAGAUAUCUUUUCUUUCAGGAAAACCAAUAAGUUUUGUCACACAAGUUUUGUUGGUUGCUGAAAAUGGUUGCACUUAUUCAUUUACUGUUUAUUGCGGUACUGAUAAUUCUGUUCUAACUCUAUAUCCUUUCUUGUUAAAUAACAAACAUAAAUUUGUGUCACAACCAUCAAAACCUAUCGUUUGUCAACCACUUACAAAAAUGUUCAAACCUGAUUAUUUAUCGUCAUUGAUCGUUGAUGAUACAAAAGGUGACAUACAACCAAUAUUAACUCCAACUUUGAAACAAACUGUAAAAGAUUUCCUGAAUUGUCUAGUUUUGACAAAUAAAAUUGACAAUUUUCCAGGAGAUCUUGUGUCAAAUUGCGGUUUGACAGUUCAAGAAAUCAUUGAGAAUAUAUGUGGGGUGCAAAACAAACCACAAGGAAUGCUGCAAAUGUUCAAAACAUCUAAAACAAAUGAUAUUUUGCAGAACAAAUACGAACGUCUUAAAUCAAUGAUAAAUUUCUUGAAAAGUGUUGGUUGUCAUCUCCAAAAUGUUUUGCCGGAAUUUUUGUUGCCAAAAGAUUUGUUUUUGCAGUACAUGAGAACAAAAGUUACUGAAAAGAUUUUGGGAUUGAAUUAUUAUGGAAGUCCUUCAAUCAAAUCUUAUAAUCCACAAUUAAUGAAUGACUUCACUUCAACCCCGAUUUUUUCUGACAAUUUGAUACAAAAAUUGUCAUUUUAUGAUCAAAACUAUGAUAAAAUUUCAGGUGAUAGUUGGUUAACUGUCAUUUUGCAGAUAUUCAAAGUGUUUUUGUUCCCAACACUCAACUGCGAAGACGUCAAUCAAGUUCCAGGAAUUUCACAAAAACUUUUGGAAUUAAAGGAAAUUUUACCUAACGAAGUAAUGACUGAAAUCCACCGAAAAACUAAAGAAGUUUUGACAUCAAAUUGCUACACGAACAUCGAAUCAAUAAUGCUCGAAUGGUUGACAAUAAACUACGAUUACUUCAGGAAGAACAGUGAAGUAAAUAUAAUUACUUCAUUCGAACAAUUAUCUGAUUGUCGAGUAAUAGCAAGUUUAUUCAAAAAUCAUGUCCAAAGAAUGGAUUUACAAUUGAAUUUGAAUCCUAAAACAGAAAAUGAUCAUAGACAAAACCUUGAAUUGAUAUUGAACAAAGCAAAAGAAAUCAAUUUGAAGUUUAAUUUGUCAGAAGAAAUGAUCGAAAAUGAAGACUUAAUUUCUUUGUCACUUUUCUGUUUUUCACUUUUCCAAUAUUUGCCUCAUUAUGCAAAUACAACAGAUUUAGUUUUCUCAUGUAAUUUAUCAAAGAAUUGCCAACAAAUGAUUGAAAUUUCCAAUCCUUCAUCUCAAAAACUUAGAUAUGAUGCAACAAUUACUGGUUCUGAUAAUUUCACAUUGCCAAAGACAUUUGUUUUAGUUCCUGCUCAUCAAUUACAGACUUUCUUUGUUGAAUACUACGCAAGAACUCAUUUACUUGAAACUGCAACUUUAACUUUGACUCCUCGUCACUUUUUGAAUUCACAAAAAUCGGAAGAAAUUGAUGUUUUGGUCAAAAACGAAUCUAGAACAGAUAGUAGAAUUAAACUGAAACAAAGCAGAACAUCGUUGGCAUCAAGUACAAACAAACCAAAACCGCCAACCGCUAAAAAUUCAAUGCCGAUGUUAGCAACACCAAUUGUCAUCGAAAUGAGGUCGAAUGUCGAUGCAAAAGUUCCUUCUCAGAUUGUAAAUGUUUCUGGUAAAUGUUAUGAAGUUACAAAGUUCAAUAUUACUGUUAAGAAUGAACUUAUUAAACCAGGAACAUUCGAAAUCUUUACAAGAACAAUUUUCGGACAAGAAAACUUUUCCCAAAAAGUUAUAGAAUUCAUUGAAAAUCCUGAUUAUGAUUUCUCCAACAAAUUGAGCAAAAAUGAGUUUGACGUUUUCAUAAAUGAUCAUUCAACAUUCAUUCUAAAAGAAACAGAAGUUUAUUUCGAAACAGAUAAAAGCGAAGUCACUAUUACAGGAGAUUUUAUUCCAAUAAAUGUUGGAGAAUAUUAUUGUUUAAUUUUUUUCAAAUCCAAAGACGAGAAAGAAUUUUUGUACCAAAUAAACGCAAUGUCAAGUUUGCCAACUGAAAUAGAAAUUCCUAAGAUAAAGAUAGAAGAAAGAACAGAGAAAACAAUCCAACAAAACUUGCAAUUAGUCAAUUCAGAUCUUUGCAAAUCAAUUGCUUAUUCUAUUGUCAAAAAAGCACAAAACGAAAGUUUCAUUUCUGAGCAAAGAUUCAAACAAUUCGUGGAAUUUAAAUCUCGUGAAAUUGCAACAAUUGCUUUGAAUUGUUUUACAAAUGUCACUUUUACGAUAGAAAACGGUUUACAGACCUUUUAUAAGAUUCCUUCUAGUUUAACAAUUGACAAAGAAAAACAUAUGCUGCCUGUUACUUUUUGUCCUGUUUUACCAGGUGAUUAUCCAUGUACAAUUGUUAUGAAAUCAAACAAUGACAUAAGAGUUUAUAAAUCCAAUGGAGUAAGUCUUGGCGAAACAAAGACAUUUAGAAUAAGUGUUGAUUCUUAUUUAGGAAACACAAUUGUACAAAACAUUCCUCUCCAAAAUACUUCGAAAUCUACAUGGACAUUUAAGAUUUCUUCGACUGAUGAAAAAGUUUUUACUUUCCCUCAGAGAUUCUUCGUAAAUGGACAAACAACUGGAGAAUUACCUCUUACGAUUUAUUCCAACAAAAAAGGUGUUUUUGUUACAGAUUUAACUGUUUUUAAUAUGACAAAAGAACAAACAACAAUUUACAAAAUCACAGCAAAUAUAGAUGACCCGCCAUCUAUAGAUACAAUUGUUGUUAGUUGCAAAGCAAGAGAAAGGAAAAUUGUCGAAGUUGAAACUCCUCUUUUCCAAGUUGAUGGAAAACUUAAUGUCGAAUGUGAUGUUGCUUAUGUUACUUUUCCGGAAUAUCUCGAAUACAAAGAAGGAAAAUGUGUUCAGAAGAGUUUCCAAUUGGAAAUAAUGUCCCCAAUAACUGGUGUUGCUGCAGGAAAAAUCAUUUGCAGGGAUGAUAAAACAGGAUUGUAUUUUUGGUGGGCUGUUCGAAUUGACUUCGAAUAUCCGAAACCAUCUGAUACAAUAACUGUUCAAGGACUCGCAAAGCAAUCAACAACAUUCGAAAUACCUGUUGUUAAUCCUUCGAAUGUUGAUCUCACUUUCGAUGUUUGUUUCGAUGACAAAGAUAUUUAUGGUGAUAGAAAAUUCUUUAUCCAAGGAAAUUCUGCCAGUGUUUACAAAGCUGUUUUCUGUCCUUUAUCUUCAGGAUUUAAAGAAACUUACAUCAGAUUCGUAUCAGAAACAGCAGGAGAAUAUGUCUAUUUGUUGAAACUCUAUACAGAGCCAGCAGAUGUCAUGAGUUUGAAGACACUGUAUUGUGUCGUUGGAGAAGAAGAAAGAACAGAAAUCAAAAUUUCAAAUCCACUCCAAGUUUUAUGUCAUUUCUCUGUUUCAAACUCUUCUCCAAUGUUUUUCGAACUUUUGGUCAAAGAUAAAUUCGAAAUACAGCCAAAUGACACUGUAACAAUCCCUGUCGUAUUCAGAGCUGCUUCUGUAGGCUUGAAAGAAUGUGGUUUGUUCAUGUUUAAUUCUCCUGAAUUAGGUGAAAUGACUUAUUCAAUCAUUGGUAUUGGAAAACCACCACAACCGCUUAGUCCAAUGAUCUUUGAAGCUCCUCCUUUGCAGAUGAUGUGCACCAGCUUCAAUUUCACAUCUCCAUUCCCAUUCCCUGUCAAAUUCUCGUUGAGUUUGUCGAAUCAAUUGAAGAAUUUCGAUUUCAUAAACAAGAAUUUGAAUUUUGUAAUGAGAAAUCGUGGCCAAAUCGAAACGAUUUCUCUUCUUUUCCAGCCGCAGAAAUCAGGAAAAUAUGAAGCAGAGUGUUUCAUUAAUGCUCAAGAGAUUGAACCUCCUAUUGUUUGGUCUGUUCCUUUGAUAGGAAUUUCGGAAGAUGACAAGAAGAAUUUUGUUCAAAGAGAAUUUGUCGUCAACGGCCGUGCAAACGAAAUUUCGAAAGAAAAAUUUGUUCUUCCUAUCGAAGGAGAAAGAGGCGGUGCAAAGAUUUCUACUUGGAUCAAAGCAGAUGACGAGGAAUAUCAAUGGAUAACGAAUUAUGUUGAUUACAAAUCAACGAAAGAACAAGGAAAAGUCAUCUUAGAUUUGGAAUUUAAACCGAAAAGACCUGUUGAUAUAAGAUGCCAAAUUCUUGUUCAAAACGACUUAAAACAACAAUGGACAUUCCCUCUUUUGUUGAGGAGCGAUCCACCUGAGCCAUGUGAAACAUAUAUCAUGGAAUGUGCAUUGAAUUCUUGUGCAUCAUUGAGACCUUACGUUCGCGAAAUAUUCCCAAGAAGAGAACAAUUUAGAGCUUACAUUAUGAAGGGCGGAUCAAACGAUUUUUCUGUGAAUCCAAGCGAUGGAUUUAUAUCAGCAACAGAGCAAUCCAGGUUCUCCCUAAUGAUGACAGAACUUCCUUUGACUGUCUAUUUCAGGCCAAGACAAUAUGGAAAGAAAAUGGAAGCAACAUUGAUUAUCGAUACAAAAGAAAGACAAUUUGUUUUUAAUUUGAAAGGACAAGUUCCCGAAUACAUUCCUCCUUUCUUUGUUACAUCAGGAAGAUUGGAUUCUGGUCGACAGACUCCAAGGAGUGCAACUGCAAGGUUAACUCCACGUGGAGACAGCGCAAGAACUCCAAGAGGAGAAGUAAAACAAAGAAAUUUCAGAGUUCCUCCAAAUUCAGCCAGAUCUCCUAAGUAA